AUGGCUUCACAACCGUUUCAGCACAGCUCCGGCCCCAAAAGGCCACGGCUCUCCCUCAAGAUCAACACCUGCAGCUCUUCAGUCCCCAGCAGGCCCGUAAAAGGCUUCCAUGUCGACCCUACCGAUCGUACAGCCUGCAACACCCUGUCCAACGUCUACGCAACCGCCAUUGAGAGAUCCACGCCGGUACAGGCCGAGCCUCUUACAGCCAUCAACACUCUGCAGAGCUUCUCCCUCAAGACGCCAGCCGAACCUCGAGGCCCCAGGCUAAAGAUCAAGACGCCAUAUGUCGCCGCCUUCCCACAGACACCAACCACCGAAACCUCCGGAUCACCGCCGCAGAAGAUGGAUAUUGCCUUUCCCAGCACCAUGACACCGACGCCUCCCAUGUCCGCCGGUGCUGUCGAUUCCACCACGUCCAGCGCCUUUCCCUUCUCCCCUAGAGAUGUUUCUUCCAAUACUAGAGCAUAUGGCGUCACCUCGCCUUGCUCGCCUGUCGAGCCACUUCUCUCCAGACGAUAUACUGCUGCGUACACCACCGGAGCUCCCGCUCCUUACACGCACCCUCACUCUCUCCACAGCAUCCUGCGCAACUCGCCUCUUCCCCCCCGGACAGCCAUCCCCGCCUCUCCCAGGCGGCAGUCCCUUCGUCUGCAGGAAAAGGCCGCCAAGCGAGUCGGCUACAACAACCCCCUGACCCAGACCAUCAUCACCAACAAGUACACCAAAUCGCACAUCGACCUCCUCGUGGAAGAGGCCUCGCCCGCGUCGCCCUCGUUUUCGCCCAUCGGCGGCGGCGGCGGCGAAAGGGCGGCAACAAUCAACCUCAAGCAAGCAUUCUCGCCCAACGAAAUCGAGAACGGGGGCCAAACGCCAGGCCCCUUCGAGGACAUGCGGCGCAAGCUCGCGGCCCUGAGUGGCGGUGCUGCAGCGUCGCCGUCGUCCCUGUCGCCAUCCGAGACGGGCGGCAUCCGCAAGCGCAAGCGCAAGGAGAAGAAACGCCAGUGGGUCUGGACAAUCGGCGUGGCGGACGAGGAGGAGGAGGAUGACGAGCGCGUCGGUGGCGCAAUCGCUGCCUCGAGGGCUGAAGCUGCCUCCGCCUCCGUCUCCGCCUCCUCCGCAAGGGUCAGGGGUACAGGAACGGGCACGGGCACGGGCAGCACGACUAAGGCGCCUCGCGACGACGGUGAAGUCGGGAGGGCGCUUUGCGAGGCUGUCGUCCCGGACAUCCAGAUGGUGCCCGACACGCCGACGGCGAGCAUCGAGGGCAGCAGCGCCGACUCGGCCAUUGACAUUGACAUGUCAGACGCCAGCAGCGUCGUCUCCGAGGAUCUCCAGGGGCUCCCCGUCGGGCCCGCUGCGAGUCUUGCGGCCGAGCUGGACGUCAAGACACCAACGGCGGCCAGUUGCAGGGCGUAUUUCUGCAAUGGCUACAAUAAGCGGAAGCGGGAUACGCCUAUCCCUGAGCUAGCUGAGGCGCAGGAUACCCAUGUAAGCGUCGACAGCUGA